CUGAGCUUGGGCUGAGCUGACCCCGGACCUCCAUCUCAUCUGUCUCCCUUUCCCACUUUCUCCCCUCCUAUCGAGCCUGGUGCACAGAAAAGCUGACACACAAGCUACGGGGGACAAACAAGUUCUCAUUGAACGUCGCAAGACGGGAGACGUUCGCACAUGAGUUCAUUGGCAUUUUUGGUAACAGAGCUUCAGUCGCUUGCUAGUGAGACGCGUAGAAAGCACCCAGAUGUCCGCGAGGCCGCAGAGAAGUCUCUUGCCAUCUUGCGGUCCUCUCCGGAGCAGGCCACAGCAAACCUAGCACGCGAUGGACCGCAGUCGGACGACCUCCUGCGCCCCGUCUUCAUGGGCUGCGCGACCAAGAACGCCAAAGUGGUCAUGAUAUCCCUAGGCUCGCUCCAGCGACUCAUCGCCCUGAAGGCUGUACCGCAGUCUGCCGUACCCGUCAUCAUCAGCACCAUGAGCGACUGUAUGAACCAGGGCGUCGACAUCCAGCUGCGGAUACUGCAGACCCUUCUGUCCCUCAUCACGAACUUUCCUGCUGUGCACGGGCAGCUGCUUGGUGAUGCCCUCCUGCUCUGCUUCAAGCUACAGGAGUCCAGGAUCGCAGUGGUUUCUUCAACUGCGGCCGCAACUCUCCGACAGCUCGUUAUGUUUAUUAUAGAUAAGGUUGUUGACGAGGACCGACGAGAUGAAGUUGACUUGAAGACCAUGGUCGAUGUGACGCUGCCGAUGGGCGAGACCAAGACCUUGGGCCCUUCUGCACGAGAUGCGUACGCCGUCUUUGAGGACUUGUGUCUCCUGGCGAACGCGGAGCGACCACGUUUUCUCAAGCUCGAGGUUCUUCGGAAGACAUUCGCACUAGAACUCAUUGAGAGCGUGCUCACCAACUACCACGACCUCUUCCGCAAGCACCCAGAAUUGCUCCUCCUGCAGCGCCACCAUCUCUCUCCGUUGCUGCUCAAGGCGCUCUCCGACCGGCCGAGCUUUCCACUGACGCUACGUGCCACGCGAGUUGUGUUCUUGCUCCUGAAGCAGUUCUCAGGUGAACUGAAGACCGAGUCUGAGGUUUUCCUAAUGCUGCUCAUUAAGAUUGUCGGCUCGGAUGGAGACGCCGACCCAGCAGAAAGUGGGCACCCUUAUGGACCGCGUCCGCUGUGGAUGCGUGUGCUCGCCAUGGAGAUCAUGCGUGGACUUUGCAGCGAUGCAGAGUUGAUAAGAAAUGUUUGGGAACGGUACGACGCGGACGAGGGUGGCUCGAAGGUGUUCACUUCGCUCAUAACUGCGCUGAAACGCCUUGUCACCGAGAAGCCCGUGCUACUUGGCGUCUGCGCGCAGAUGUUUGGCGUCGGCGUCUCGACGAGCAGCGGCUCGAGCUCAGACUUGACCUCGUAUGGGCUUGAUGUAGGCGGCGUGGCGGGUAUGGUGGCGACCGCCGCUAGCGCUACCGUCUCUGCAGGGCUGAGCAUGAUAGGCUCGGAGGCGGGCCUGAGCCUACACGGAUCGGGGAUGAAGCUGCAAUGCAUCGACCAACUCGACAAAGCGGACUCGCCCGUCAUCCCGGAGUCCUACGUAUACCUCCUUGGUCUGCAAUGCCUCGUUGCGCUAUGCGAGGGCUUCGCCUCAUUCACCGGGCCGCUCUACAACUCGCUCAUGAUCCAGCGGCCCCGGGCGGCAGGCGAGCCCGUUGUGCGCGCACCCCCCGCGCUCGACCUGUCCGCGUUGCCCGCGGAUGAGCCGACGACAAGCCAGCUGCGGACGGUGCAUGACAUGGUCGAGAGCGGAUGGCCGGCGCUGCUCGCCGCGCUUUCUUUCCUGAUCUCGACGAAUCUCUCCGACGAACUCUUUGUAGAGGUCCUCGCUAGCUACCAGGCGCUCACGACUGUCGCGGGCAUGCUCGGCCUUGCGACGCCACGGGACGCAUUCUUCACUAGCAUCGCACGGCUGGCUAUCCCGACGCGCGUGAUAUCUAGCCUCGAUACGUACUCUAGCUCGGGCACACACCACACGGAACCGAUAACCCCACGCAGCGCUGCGAGUACCCUUUCGGAGAACUUGGGCAUCACGCUCGGCAGUUCGGCACCACCCCCUGGCUUAUCUGAGAGGAACAUGGCUUGCCUCAAGGUACUGGUGACGAGCGCGCUCUUCCUAGCGGGCAGUCUCGGCGAGAGCUGGUUCAAUAUCCUCGAGGGUCUGCAGAACGCUGACUACGUGUUCACAAUACGGGGCACCAAGCCGAUGACUGCCAAGCGCGGAACCGGGCCCGGGGCUGGAAGCGCGCCCGGUAGCCGUGUAUCUUCACUCAGUAGCUCGCAGUCUUCGACCCAGGUAGGCGGCGCUGGGAAUCAAGGCGCAAGUCAACCACAAUCAGCAUCGCGCCACCCGUUGUUGGCUGAUCUCGAUCCAGAGAGCAUGCAGCACGCUAUCCAACGCUUGUUCGACGCUUCCAAGAACUUGGACGAUGACGCGUUCAGGCAUUUCGUGAGCUCGCUGUGCAAGCUGAGUGCUGCCAUGAUAGGCAUGCAGUCGGAGGCGCAGGAAAACGUACCGGAGUCGGAGUCUUUGGACGAGCUGGUGACCAGCCCGGGCCUCACAUUAUACGUGGAGCAUCACCGCAGACGAGUCAGUGGAAUUCAUAUGCCCAAGACUCCACGAUCUGGCGACUUCGGAGUCAGCAAGCUGGGCGGCGUAGCUAUGCUCAACAUCCACCGGCUGAUAUACAGGUCGCCUGAUGUCGCCUGGGAUCCUAUUACGGAACACCUGCUAACUGUCAUCCGGAACGCUCUUGCACCUCCUACGGUGAGAACACAAGCGGCACGUAUUCUCGACGACAUCCUAGUCGUCGUCCCGCGUAACCUAUCAUCCACCGGGGAGCUGCAGCCGAAAGUACAGCGACGUGUGCUUGACGUCCUUGCGCGGCAGGUCAUCCCGGACAGUGCAGUCACCAACAGCACUACUGUGGAAGUGCGACGCAUGGGUUUCGAGACGCUGCAUCAGAUCUUGCAGGCUUCUGGACAUACUCUCGUGGUCGGGUGGGAGACUAUCUUCGAGAUGCUGAGUAGCGUCUGCACUCCGGCCACCUUGCCUUCAACUGCGACUGCGGAGUCGCUCUCGACACCCACCACUGCCGUCCCGGAGACCCCGCGGCGCAAACCAGCACCAUUGGGUUACACGAACGACAGAGGACACAACUCUCUGGUGAAGAUCGCCUUCCAGUCGUUGACCUUGGUUUGUGAUUCUCUCAGCUCGUUGUCUCCCGAACAUCUCCGUCUUUGCAUCAGCACCCUGGGGCAAUUUGGGCGUCAGGCGGAUACAAACAUUGCUCUCACAGCAGCCGAGAGCCUCCUCUGGGGUGUUUCGGACUCCAUACAGGCGAAGCGUAAAGACGCGGAGAUGGAGCCCGAGUACAGCGGUCUAUGGAUGUUCCUACUGCUUGAAGUACUCGGUCUCUGUACAGAUGCUCGGCCGGAGGUGCGGGUAGGUGCCAUACAGACGUUGUUCCGCACACUGCAACUCUACGGCACCACGCUCAGCCUGGAUACAUGGGACGAAUGUAUAUGGAAGAUUACCUUCCCUCUGUUGGACGCGAUCACUGCCACUGCCCAGCAGGCGAUCGCUGAUGCUGAUGACGAAGACUCGACCGCGGAUCCUGCUGAUCUUCAGUGGGACGAGUCGAGGAUCCUCGCGUUGCAGUCGAUCGGCUCGAUCUUCCAUGAGUUCCUGCUAACCAAGAUCAUGCCCUUGGAGAGCUUCUUGAAGGCGUGGGACGUCUUCGUGGGUCACAUACAGACUUCGUGGCGUAAUGACAGUCGUUUGGUCACCGCCACCGCGCUUCGCUGCCUCGACAAGUCGAUCAAUGCACUCGCCACCGGUGAAGGUGAUCUGGCAGGGAAGACGAAGGAAGCGCUAGCCACGGUUUGGCGUGCCUGUGAUGAGAUGGGUGCAUUGGUCGCAACAAGAGACGCCAGUCAACAAGCAAAGCUCCAUUCGAACCCCUUCACCCAAGAAAGCCUGAUGGCAUUCGUAGAUGUCAUUCGCAGUACCAGAUCUGUCGGGCGCAAUGUCGAGAGACACGAAUGGUCCCUGGAGCGACUAGAACGACUUAUGAGCAUCCUGAAGGGCGUUCUGACUUAUCAAAACUCCACCGACUAUAGACCAGAUGUCGAUGCAUUGAGCCCCGUCCAGGCAACUGUAAUGCAAGCGAUUGACGGCGUCGAUUUGUCCUCUUCGGGUGCACCCUCGCUGGUAUUGCGUGACUUAUCCGAAUAUGCAACUCUGCCUUUCCUAGCAGCCUUCGAUAUCCCAUCACGCGCCUCUGUUGUCUCGGCCACACCGUCCAGAUCAACAGCGGGACGAGUCACGUACAUUGCGCUUUCGAAGAAGAUUAUGCCAGUGCUCGUGGAGCUAUUCCUACGAUUCAAAGGUCAGAGCGCGAUAUACUUGGAUGGCACGGUCGAGCGGAUCUGUUCGGCAUAUGCGAUACCGAUCAAGAUGAAAUACGAGUGUCCUCAGCCAUCGAAGUUCGGCAAGGAUCCCCCGCUGUGGAAGACGGCUACGAACAACUUCCUCCGCAUUGUCAAGGAGUGCGGCCCACAGCUGCGCGAACUGGGGGAAGAUAUCCCCGACGCACAGCAGGAAGGCAUCUGGCGUCAGAUCAUUGAGACAUUCCGUGGAGGUAUCCUGGCCGACUGCUCGGCCGCCGAUAGCUUCCCUCUAGACGUACAAGAGGCUGAGGAAAACUUCGACCUCGCGUUGAUUGCGGCGCUUGAGAUCGACGUAGUGCCCUAUCUGGGAGACCCGUGUAUACCAGACUACCUCAUUGUGCAGCUAUCGCGAGUGCUGCACCAAGGAAGCCAGAUCCGGGAUGCCGAUGACGAUCUGCCACCUUCACCUGCUUCAAUCACGGACUCCCACUGGGACACCAGGACACGCAGGCUUUCGCAGGACUUCGAGAAAGUGGAGAAGUUCGGCACGGACGUUGUGGCGCUGGGAACCACGGAGAGCGGCCAUUUCCGGCCGAGAGAGCGGUUCUCUUACUGGUGCCUUGACCUUCUGUUUCUCAUUUGUUCCGACACAGCCAAGGAUCGUAUUCCCGCCCGCCGGAGGCUAGCUGCAUUGAGUCUUCCGUCGAUGCUCGAGCGAUGCCGUGCUACACUGGUGAACUACGUAGCUGACGAAACGUUGCGGGGCAACUUACCGUUCCCAAGGGCGAGGGAAGAAGAGCUAUUGUAUGUACUGCAGAAGUUACUGAGGCUCCAGCUAUGGCCGGGUACACUGUGGGCAGCGCUUUCGGAUGUACCUUCACAAUAUUGCGUAGAUCAACCAGCGAUCGACCAGUCUCUGGAGCCUGCGCAGCUCAUCGCAGAUGCAGUCAAGCGAUCACCGAAGGCCCAUCUCUUCCAUUUCUAUCCCGUCCUGUGCGAGAUUGUUUCAAUCCCGAGGAGAACACCCUCAGCUUGGAUUUCACCCGAGGCGCUCUCACUAACGAACAGCACACUCUCACCUCUAGGCGGAUCCACGGGUUCCGAUCGCAGAGCCAAUGGCGUUGUAGAGCACGGAAGGCCGGUCGAACUGGACGCGCGGUCGCUGGUCAAGGAGUGUUUGAAAGAGGUUGGCAAGGAGAUGGGGGUACGGCAGUAAUCCACCACAUCGCCUCCGACGGGCACAUUGCUUGAACUUCUCCGGAUGCGCACACGACUGACAUUUAUAUAUAACUCGGAUUCACAUGGUUCACAUACAGUAGCUUACA